AUGGACGACCUCAGCCUGAUACAUAUGCUACUCACCAAAGCAACUCGUUAUGACGAGCCUCGGUCUAUAGGAUUUGUGCGAAGUCUUGAUUUGGUUCAGUUUGACGCCGAUCAUGGUGGAGUGGCGAAGUCUAUCAGGCUUCAGUUGAUUGUGCUACGCUCGUACAUUCCAUCAACUACCAUACCAAUGGCAUCGUCAAGAGCUCUCCGUCCAGUAUUGGGCGUCUGCGCGGCAUGCGCAAGACAGCAACACUUGGUAGCCCGGAGACAUUUUGUGACUGCACCGAUACUGCGAUUCGACGAAGUCCGAGAAUCGCGUCUUCCACGCGUAGCCACACCAUCUUUCUGGUCAUCUCUCAUCCCCAAGGCGUUCCGACGAUCGGAGCAAUCAGCCCUACAAGGCGAGGAAGGUCAAGAAGUACCAGCAGUAGCUCCUCCUAAAGCCCGUCGAAAAUGGAACCCCUACACCACCUUCAUCAUCCUCGCAGUUCUUAUUGGCAGCAACGCAAUUCAGAUGAUCUCCCUACGCAAUGAAAUGACGGCCUUUAGUCGACACACAGACGUCAAGCUCGCACUACUACGGGAAGUGGUGCAGAAGGUGCGGAGAGGGGAGAUGGACGAUGUUGAGGUUAAGCGGGCGCUGGGCACUGGUGAUCCGGCUGCGGAGAAGGAGUGGGAGGAUGUGGUCAAGGAGAUUGAAGACACGGAUGUGUUGUGGGAGGCUCAUCAGAGGAAAGAGGCUAAGAAAGCUGCUAAGAUGGAGGAGCGGAGAUUAAAGGAGGAGCAGGAGAGGAAGUCUGCUUCUCCUAUCGCGGAAGUACCUGAGGACGGUGAUGCUGGUUCUAGUAGAGCAGCGAGGCCGAAAUUCUUGAUGUGA